AUGAGCCAGAUUGCCGAUGAGCACGGCAAUGGGACAUUCAAACUCACGACAAGGCAGACCUUCCAGUUCCAUGGGGUCAUCAAGCGUCAUCUGAAGCCAAGCAUCCAGGCUAUUAACAGGGCGUUGUUGGAUACGAUUGCGCAUGUGGAGAUAAAUGUGUUGUGUUCAUCUUUGCCUACUUUGAGCCAUCUUCACGGCCAGGUUUACCAGUUUGCCAAGAAUCUUAGUGAGAGUCUGCUGCCGCGCACGAGUGCCUAUCACGAGAUCUGGCUUGACAAGAAAUUGGUCGCUGGGGAAGCGGUCAAAGAUUUUGAACCCCUCUAUGGAAAAUACUACCUUCCUCGCAAGUUUAAGAUCGCAGUUGCUGUUCCUCCUGAAAACGAUGUCGACAUUUUUGCUAACGAUCUCGGAUUCAUUGCUAUCGCGUCGCCCGAAGGAGCUUUGAUCGGGGCCGCAGAUGUUAUCGGUUUCUGUACGCCUGAGCAGGCACUAGAUGUAGCGAGAGAGGUACUCAUCGUCCAAAGGGACAAUGGCAACAGGAAGGACCGUAAGAACGCUCGGCUCAAGUACACUAUCGAUCGCAUGGGGCUGGACAAGUUCAAAGAAGCUGUUGAAACCCGCCUUGGGUGGACCCUUGCUCCCCAAGACCAUACGAGUUCACUGCUAACGUGGACAAACGAGCCUGGAAAGGCCUUCAAGACUGGGCUUCAAGCUAUCGCCAAGGCGCAUAAGGGUACCUUUAGGUUGACGUGCAAUCAGCAUUUGAUUCUGAGUGACGUCACGGACGACAAGCUCGAUGAGAUGAAAGCACUACUCAAGGAGCAUGGGUUAGACAACCUGGAUUUCUCGGACUCAGGCUUUCGAGUUCGGCAUGUGUCGCAUUCCCAACAUUACCUACCCGUCCUAAUCGACAAGGUUGAACAGAUCUGUGAGGAGAGUGGCCUGAGGAACGAUUCGAUCGUUAUGCGUAUGACUGGGUGCCCGAAUGGAUGCGCACGACCUUACCUAGCCGAGGUUGCGUUCGUGGGCAAAGCGCCCGGGUCGUAUGUCAUGCUCCUAGGAGGAGGGUAUCACGGUCAGCGACUCAACAAGAUCUACCGAGAAACCGUGAGCGAACCAGAGAUUCUUGCUAUUCUUGGUCCUAUGAUCAAACGCUAUGCUCUUGAGCGCCAUGAGGGAGAGCGAUUUGGCGAUUUUGUUAUUCGGGCAGGAUACAUCUCCGCUACAACUUCUGGCAAGGAGUGGUACGAGGGCAUGGGGGGUGAAGGCGAGCACAGGUGGUGA